CGCACACACAGACACGCUCCCUCACAGCUACACACGCAGUGCCGAUCAGAGCAGGCAGCGCAGAGCCUGGUAAUUGUAUUGCUCCCUCCAAGCGGAAGGAAGGACCAAGAGAGAGGAAGACCGGAGAAAGAAGAGGAGGAGAGAUAUAAAAACUUUGCUUUUUUGAAUUUUCUUUUUUUCCUGGAGGAGGUUGACUUGACAAUGACCAGGCAUCGCCGAUGGAGUCGGUAGGACAUCCGUUAUCCGAGUGUUUUUUAAUGCACUCUGAACAAGAAAUGAACUUAUCGAAGGGUCCAUUGGUGAACAGCAGCAGUGACGAUAACUCCAAGUCGAACUACAGUAAAUGCGGCGCUGGCGCCUGGAGAAUGCACCAAACUUACGAUCAACUAGAGGCCAACCACAUGAGAGACGCACAUGCCCUCUACAACCCCAGGCUUCUCUGCAGAAUGUCCAGUAAGGAGCGCCACCUUGAGUCCAACUGUCCGUCCUCUUACAUAAAGACUGAGCCGUCUAGUCCUGCCUCCCUGACUGACAGCCUAAACCAUCACUCCCCUGGUGGCUCCAGCGACGCCUCAGGUUCCUAUUCGUCCACAAUGAACGGCCACCCCAACGGCUUAGACUCCCCGAGUCUGUACGGCUCCAACGCAGGGUCCCUGGGUCCCGCCGGCGGCCCCGGAUCAAAGCGCUACGAGGAUUGUUCAUCCACUAUUGGGGAAGAUUCACAGAUUAAGUGCGAGUACAUGUUGAAUUCCAUGCCCAAGAGGCUGUGUCUGGUCUGCGGGGACAUUGCGUCAGGGUACCACUAUGGAGUGGCAUCCUGUGAGGCGUGCAAGGCCUUCUUCAAACGCACCAUCCAAGGCAACAUAGAGUACAGCUGUCCAGCCACCAACGAGUGCGAGAUCACCAAGAGGAGACGCAAGUCGUGCCAGGCCUGCCGCUUCAUGAAGUGUCUGAACGUGGGCAUGCUGAGGGAGGGUGUUCGUCUGGACAGGGUUCGUGGCGGGAGACAGAAGUAUAAACGCCGGAUAGAUGCGGACAACAGUCCAUACCUGAACCCACAGCUGGCUCUGCCUCCCAAGAAGCAAUUUGCCUUUGGCUGCCUUGCAGAUAACAAAAUCGUCUCUCACCUGCUGGUGGCCGAGCCAGAGAAGAUUUACGCCAUGCCUGACCCGACAGUACCAGACAGCGACAUCAAGGCCCUGACUACGCUGUGUGACCUGGCGGACAGAGAGCUGGUGGUCAACAUCGGCUGGGCCAAACACAUCCCAGGUUUCUCCACGCUGUCUUUGGCAGACCAGAUGAGUCUACUGCAGAGUGCAUGGAUGGAGAUCUUGAUCCUUCGUGUUGUGUACCGCUCACUUUCCUUUGAAGACAAGUUGGUGUAUGCUGAGGACUACAUCAUGGAUGAGGACCAGUCGAAGCUAGCUGGACUUCUGGACCUGAACAAUGCCAUCCUUCAGCUGGUCAAGAAAUACAAGACUAUGAAGCUCGAGAAGGAGGAAUUUGUCGCUCUGAAGGCCAUCGCUUUGGCUAACUCAGACUCCAUGCACAUCGAAGACGUGGACGCAGUGCAGAAGCUCCAGGAUGUGCUCCACGAGGCCCUGCAGGACUACGAGGCCGCCCAGCACCAGGAGGACCCCCGCCGGGCGGGCAAGCUGCUCAUGACCCUCCCCCUGCUCCGCCAGACCUCCACCAAGGCCGUGCAACACUUCUACAGCAUCAAGCAGGACGGCAAAGUCCCAAUGCACAAACUGUUCCUGGAGCUGCUGGAAGCCAAGGUCUGAGGAUGGAAGGACAGCCAGUCUGAAUCUCACUCUGAAUGACCUCUUGCUCUUUAACACGCACACACUCUAACACACACGCACCCAGACACAAACAUAUGUCCCUUAAGUUUGUCUGCUGACACGUCCCCAUAUGAAGAAACGAGUAACCGAAACCUCUCACCUGAACCUCCACGGUCUUUGACGAAGGGCGCUCACUUGACCUUUUUGUUUUGGGGAAGAUGCUGACGGACUGACUUGACCCCCAUAUGACGAAGGAAAGAAGAUAUUUCCUUUUAAAACUCUUAUCGAUCACUCGACAGUGAACAUUGAAGAGAGCAAAACUGAUGCAUUAAAUAACAAUUAAGAUGUUAUUAAAGACGAACGCUUGAAUGAGGACACAUUUAAAAACUGACUGAAACUCUUUCAGUUCUGAGAGACUCUAAGACUGCACUCGUGUCUCCUUUCCCUCCCUAUUUCCCCCAACAGAGUUUUUUUAAGUGUUCUAGAAGAAAACAAGAGGAGAAAAAAAGAACACUGAAGCAGUAUUUAAUGACAUGUGUUGUAAAAAGUACUUGUACAAUGAAAUGUGGAUGGAUGGACAGAAAGAAAAGAAGAGGAGAUUUGCCCUGCCAAAGAAUGGAGCUCACCCAUUCAGAGGAUGCCAGCAAACUUUGUCACAACUCAAAACUGUUUCUGGUUAAACUACCGGUUGCUUCUGGUGCUGCUGGUUUUCAGUUUCACCAUUCAAAUGUUUCUGGUUGUCAUAAAAACCAGCAGAGCCAGGGCCAGGAUUAGAAACCACUGCUGUCAACACUCUCUGGUUCUCCCUAAAUUCAGAUCCUGGCUUCCCGGGUCUCCCCAACUUCAACUUUACUUUUAUUAGGAUCCCGGCCUCCAAAACCUGUCAGUAUAACCAUAAAGAUAGUGUUUGCACACUUGACAAGCUGAAAAUGUUUCCAAAUAUUGAAACCACCUGAGUUUAUAAUUCAAAAAUAUUAACAAAAUAAGACUUGAUCUAACGGAUUCCUGCUUGUCCAACUGGUAGUUGUAGGCCCGGUCUACAUUCUCUGUAUUUAUUCGGUCAGACCCUCCUCUUGUGUUCUGAUGUCUUUGUGAAAGCUUUCAGCGCUCAAUGGUUCCGGUUUGUAGCUCUCCACACAAGUCAGUAGAGAUUUCAGUCUGUCAUCGUGCCAUUAAGAUUACUCCAGUCCGUGCUCAUUACCCAAACUCCAAAAACCUCAAAGUGUCACUGCAGAACUUCCCUCUCUCUCCGCUGCAUUCACAACCUCCAGCUCUCCUCCUGCGUCAGAAGAUAUUUCUGUCGUUCAUUCGGAGAUUGCAGGGGCGCUUCAGUCACUCAACACAAUACAAACCAGAAGGAAAGGUGUGCUGACAAAACUGACUACUGAAGAACAACUAUUGUUGCUUUCAAACUCUUAUUUAUUUUGUUUAUUUCUAUCUUGAAAAUAAUCUUAGCGAUGAAACCAGUACUAGGGUUGUAAAUAAUUGUCAUCCUGUAUAUGACAUAUAACACGGCUUUGUUUUUGUUAUUAAUAUUGUCUUCUUAAAACUGAAUCAAUCAAUAUGUCUUUCCUUUUUUCUAUCAGCUUGACCACUU